UAUUCCAAGAAAUCGCUCCGGGGUUGAGGCGGACCUGGGAUCUAAAUCUAACGAAAGGCACCCAAAAUCCAAGUGCAGCAUAAACCAUACGAAGGCCAUGGACUGGUCAUCCUGGUUCCGGCGAACUCUUCUGAAAGAUGCGAAUGACCCCAAAAUCUCAGAUCCACCCAAACCAUCCUCGAAGAAGAAGCGACACCAAACCGACGAAGAUUUGGAGCAACAUGGAAUAACGCAGCCAUUGGUCGACUUGGUCAAGACCUUCACCGUAGACACUUUCAAGAACUUCCAUACGACAGUCGACAAUGAUGACGGCGUGGCUGGUGCUGAUUCCGGCACUGCGAGAACUGCUUCAGCAUGCAGUGUGAGGAAGGAUCUCUCUGAGUGGCAGGAGAGGCAUGCUUUCCUUGUGCUUACAAGUGUUAAGGAAAUGUCGCAACUGCGAUAUAUGCUAUGUCCCCGACACAUGAAGGAGCGGCAAUUUUGGCAAAUAUAUUUUGUGCUUGUCAAGAGCCAUAUAGCUGAAUAUGAGCAGCGGGCAAUACAACUAGCAAAACUGAAGGAAAUGAGGAUGGGGGUUGACAAAUCUUCCGACAGCAGUUCAUAUGAAGUUGAAAUGGCUGAAUCAAAGGGGGCCUCAAGUUCUCCACCAGCAAGUCCUUAAUCUCACUAAUUAGCUUCUAAGCGAAAGUGUAACCAACCAGCUGGAAAGAUCCUGCCAACAGAAUGAGCUUUGGAGAUAACCAAUGCACCAAAAAAAAUCAUCAUGCACCUUGUUGGGAUCAACUUAAAGUGACUGAAAGCAUUUUUAGACCACUGAAUCAAAAGUGAAUUAGUCUGAUGCUGAUAUGUACUGACAAGUGCUUCUCCAACUUUAGCAGAAAAUGUUGACUACAUUUUGUUAGACGCAAACCAAAACGAGUAGUUAAUAUUAGAGCUAGCUUGUAAGUACAAAUCUAUUUGUAAAAACUAGUUUGCUCAGCUCUUGUUAAGCUGUAAUUACUUGCUAAGCUCUUUCAUUUAGCAUGCUCAAUUUCUUAUACGACAGUGUCACAAAAUUGUCCGAUACAUGGCUUAGCUUGUUGACUAGCGCUCAUAAGCUACGCGAUUCUGAAGUAUAUGGCAAAUGCAGAUCCAAUGCAGCAUUUUUAAUGCCACUAGGCAUCA